AUGGUAGAAAUAGAAUUUUUUGUUAAUUCAGCCAUAUCACAUCACUUCCAGGACAAUGCAAUUGAAAAUGGAAAGCCCUCUUUGGAAAAAGUUUCGUGCACAGUCGAUAAUAAGAAGACUUAUCAGUGUUAUCUUGAUAAAUUUGCUGAUGAAGUUUACUUUCCUUUCAACUCUUUCUUGAAGAAGCACCUAGAUGUUUCAGGAAAAUUCACAAAAGCAUCCAAAUUGGAUGUAAAACAUUUCGAAUGGUCUACAUCACAUGCUCGAAUUCGUUUUCCAAAUUUCACUCACUAUGAUUUCCGUGGAGCUUUUGGUCAUUUUGCAUCAUAUAGCGUAGAAACUAGAGAUCGUGUUCGCUGCAUCAGUGCGCAGUUUGGCGUUCCAUUGUCAACACAGUGGUCGUCAGUUCCUUAUUUUUAUCCUAUUCAAAUUGCGCAGUAUGCUCUGCAGCAUUAUAGUCGAUUUCAAGCUGCUCCUGUAUCAACCUUUUAUCUAAAGGGAACGACAUCCAAAGAAUGGAAUGAUAAUACAUUGAAUAAUAGAGGUGUUCAAAUAAAUUUUGAUCUUGAUACGAACUCAACAAGGAUCGAACUUAAUGCUGCAGAUCGUGGUAUUUCUUUAGCACUUGAUAGAGAUCCAUCACUUUCAGUUUUAUCUUUCUUCUGGAUGGCAGAUGCUGAUGGCUCUUUUACUGUAAAAGUAAAGCUUGUUCAUACUGCAGAAACAUUAUUUUUGAACUACGUGCACAGUGAUGAUGAGCAAUGCGUAUGGCAAAACGUGGAAAAGAGCAAAUCAGACUACAGUUAUUCUUUGGGCAUACAGUCUAAUCCGGAUGAAUGGAGGUGGAUUUGUCGUGAUUUAUUGGCCGAUGCUGGUCGGGCGCUAGCUUUAACAGCAAAGAAAAAGGAAUCAGUUCUCCUCCGUACAGGCGAUGUAUCAGUAGAUUCAGUUAUGUUUUGGAAACAUUCAGUAAUACGUGAUCUUAAACAAAGAUCUUCUGCUCAUCUUGAGUACUUUUUCAUAGCAGCUGACUGGUUUACUGAUAAUCAAGACAAACAUGGUGGCUGGCCAGUUCCUGUCGAACGUUCAAUUGCCGAUAAACGCUUGAUUUUGCCAGCUGGUUGGUAUAGUGCAAUGGCACAAGGCCAUGCUCUAAGUGUACUAACUCGAGCUUUUGUUUUAACAAAUGAUACAAAAUAUUUGCAAGCAGCAAAGAAUGCACUCCUCUUGUUCAAAACGGCAAAAAUCAAUGAUAUCUUGUAUGCAACUAGUAUGGGUAUAAAGCUCUCAAAUAUAUUUGCACAUCGCGAUGAAGCUGCAAAAGGUGGAGUGCGGAACGAACUCUUCCAUCAUCCCUGGUUUGAAGAAUAUCCUACUACUCCUGGUACAUUUGUAUUAAACGGUUUUCUUUAUUCACUAAUUGGCUUAUAUGACUUUGCACAACUUUCUGCUUUGCGUGGUGAUGAAAACGAUUCAGCAGCAUUAUUUUCUAUUGGUUUAGAAAGUUUGCGUACUUUCUUACCUCUCUUUGAUACUGGCAGUGGUACUCUUUAUGAUUUAAGACAUUUAAACUUGAGAGGAGCACCAAAUUUAGCUCGUUGGGAUUAUCAUUCAGUACAUAUUUAUUUGUUGAAAUGGCUGUACAUCAUUACAAAAGAUGAAUUAUUCAAUGUAACUGCUGAUCGUUGGGCAGCAUACGCGACUGGUCACAGAGCAAAGCAUAAUUAA